AGACACCUUUUGGGUCAAAAAGGUGUGACCAUCUGAAAUUAUAUGUAUAUUGAUGACAUUUGAAGGGUUUUGCCUGUACUUUCUAAUAUUAAAUUAGUCAUUGUUUGCCAAGUUGUAUGUAACUUGUAAUUGUAUGCUUUACAAUCUAUUAUGUGAAUUAGCUUUGAAUUUUUGGCAACAACACUUGACAACACUCAAGAUUUAUGAACUUUGAGAUCAGUGACAGUGUGAGAACAACCUACAAAAGUAACGAGAUGACAUCAUCAGCUACUGGUCAAGGGAUUGUCAUAGAACGACUUGAUCACUUGGUUCUGACUGUUCGAAAUAUUGACGCCUCGAUAGUAUUUUAUACUCAAGUUGUUGGCAUGAAGCUAGUGACGUUCAAAGGAAAUCGCAAGGCUCUGUCUUUUGGCCAGCAGAAGAUAAAUCUACAUGAGCUAGGCAAAGAAUUCGAACCGAAGGCCUCGAACCCUACACCCGGGUCAGCUGACAUAUGCCUGAUCGCUAAGACAGCGUUGGAUGAUGUGAUGCGACAUCUUGAAAGCUGUGGUGUUGCUAUUGAAGAGGGACCAGUGAUGCGGACUGGUGCCCUUGGACCCAUCAAGUCCGUGUACUUCAGAGAUCCUGACAAGAACUUGAUUGAAGUCUCCAAAUACGAAGUUGAUGAUUAGUGGAAAGUUUCAAAAGGGUCAUGAAGAAGAAACAUGAUGCAAACUUUGCUGUUGACUCCUGACAUUACUGAAAUCAUGAAAUAGACUCAGGCCUGAUACUUCAC